GUCCUCCAGUCCCCAUCCCAUAAACCCAGUGGACCACAGCCAUAGUGUUCCCCUCAAUGAACAUCCCACUGGAGCCCUAGAUCAAGUUACAUUGGGUGUCCAUUCUCUGCUGCCUCCCCCCGGUGGGAUGGUUCUGCAUGACAGAGAGGGUGUGGCGCCAUAGCCCCCUCUGUUUGAGAUAUCUCCCACCUCAUAAACCCAGUGGACCACAGCCAUAGUGUUCCCCUCAAUGAGCAUCACUCUGGAGCCCUAGAUCAAGUGUGCAUAUGCUCAAAAUGAGUGCUGCAGGAGAAAAUGCCCUUGACCCCAACACCCCAGAGUCAUGGAAGAGGAAGGGCUCUCCAUGUGAUACCUCUGGUCCCAGUGUGGAGAAGCGACGGCGGGAGCUGGAAUGCCGCUACAUUGACGAACUGGCUGAGUUACUAUCGGCCAACAUGAGUGACAUUGCCAGCUUGAACGUGAAGCCAGACAAAUGCCACAUCUUAAAGAGCACCGUGGACCAGAUCCAGCAGAUCAAACGGCGCGAGCAGGAGAAAGCAGCUCUGAUGUCUCUAGAUGAUGAGGUGCAAAAGAGUGACAUAUCGUCCAGCAGUCAGGACAUGGUGGAGAAGGAAGCCCUUGGGCCACUCCUUUUGGAGGCCCUGGAUGGCUUCUUUUUCGUUGCGAACCGCGAGGGGCGCAUUGUGUUUGUGUCUGAAAAUGUCACCAGUUAUCUGGGUUAUAGUCAGGAAGAGCUGAUGACCUCCAGCGUCUACAGCAUCCUUCAUGUGGGAGAUCACAACGAGUUUGUGCGCAACCUGCUACCCAAAAGCCUUGUAAACGGUGUUCCAUGGCCUCAGGAGCAAGGCCGGAGGAACAGCCACACGUUUAACUGCAGGUUGCUGAAAAGGCCUCCAGAUGAGGUGGACACAGAGAACCAGGAGGCCCGACAACAGUAUGAGCUCAUGCAGUGCUUCACGGUCUCUCAGCCCAGAGCGGUGCAGGAGGAGGGUGAGGACCUGCAGAGGUGUUUGAUAUGUAUAGCAUGUCGAAUGCCCCGUCCACCUCAGAUCCCUGUCAGUACGGAGUCCUUCAUCACCAAGCAGGACCCUACAGGGAAAAUCAUCUCUAUUGAGACGAGUGCUCUGAGGGCCACAGGCCGACCAGGUUGGGAGGAUCUGGUCAGGAAGUGCAUCUAUGCUUUCUUUCAGCCUCAGGGCAACGAGCCCUCCCAUGCCAAGAAGCUGCUUCAUGAGGUGAUGACCCACGGCACGGCCAUCAGUCCUCUCUACCAUUUCACACUCAGUGACGGGACAUCCCUCAGUGCGCAGACGCGCUGCAAAUUCUGCUGCCCCCAAAACCCAGAUGUACAGCCCUUCAUCAUGGGCAUUCACACUAUAGACAGGGAACACAACACUGCUAGGUCUCAGGAAAACACUACCCCCAGCCUUCCAUCUCCUGCUGCCCCGCCCUCCCGUUCACCUGCCCUGCAGCCCUCCAGUGACCUCAGCCUCCAUCUCAACAACAGCAACGGCACCUGUGCCACUCCUGGACCCCCCACACCCACUCCACCAGGCUACCUGACGCCCAGCCGUGUUGGGCCCUCCCAGCAGGUCAGCAGCCCCUCUCCACUAGGCAGCCCGCUCACAUCCACCUCUACCUCAUUCAUGUCGCCCCGACCUCCACGGGGUAGCCCGGGCCUGGCCAGCAGCCCACGUGUGCCCGGCCAUCCUUUUUCCCCCUCUACGCCCGGCAUUCACUCACCCGCUGGUGGACUGACCAGGCAGCAAUCUAGUGGCGAUGGUGUCGGUUUCUCUCUCCCUUCUCCCCUGCCUCCCAGACAGACUCCAACCCCCAGCAGCUCUCCGGCACGUCAGCCACCGGCCAAACCGCCGGAAGCAUCCACCGAUGAGCCCAAGACGGUAGGCAACUCCAAACUCAACCAGCUCUUGGACGGCAACCCCGAUGCGGGUGCCUCCGAACACGACCCUCAACCCCGUUCCUCACCCAUGUCCCAGUGCCCAGGCUCUCACCGCAGCCUGACCGAGCGCCAUAAGAUUCUGCACGGCCUGCUCCAAGACAACAGCCCUGCAGAUGCAGGCAAGGAGCUUGACAUUAAGAAGGAGCCUCCAACCAGUCCCAAUGCGGCCUUGGUAGCACGGGGGCUCGGGAAGGAGCCCCAGGACCACCAGCUGCUACGUUUCCUGCUGGAUACGGAUGAAAAGGACCUGGAGGACUUGCCUCCUCCGGCCGCUCUCAGCCUCCAGACGGUCAAGGUGAAGGCCGAGAAGAAAGGGAGCAGAGAGAACGUCCCCUGUGCCGCUGCUGCAGCCACCAACGUGUCUGCAAUCGCUUGCUCACCUCAAUCCAGUGGCAAGCCCAGUCCGCAGUUUCCCAGUACCGAUCUGGACACUUUGAACCAGCUCUUGCCCACUCUGAGAAGCUCUGUGGGAUGUAAAUCUAUAGAGGAGCCAGUGCUCGUCCAGCCCAGUGACGACAACCUUUCCAUCGGGGUGAAUGUGAAGAGAGAGUCACCAGGAACAUCAAGCCAAGCAUUUCCUGAUGGAUCAAACCUCUCGAAUCAGUCCUCUUUUGAGUAUUGUGACCCCUCUACACCAAACCAGGGUCAGGUCCAGGUGCCGGAUCUUGGGCAGACAGACCCUUUCCAGCCCUCAAAGGAGAGCAGCAGCCCCUUUGCCAGUUCAACCAGCCUCAACUCUUUCAACACCACCACAGGUCUGGCCAAGCUGGAGCUUCCUGAUUCUCAGCAGCAGUUCCAACCCUUGACCCUGGUUGAACCAAUGACCUUCGAUAGCAGCUUGGACAGCCAGACACAGGCCCCUCUGUCCUCUCCUCAAGAGCAGUGCGUUCCGUGUCCACUGGAUGAGAUGCUGUGUCCGCCCACCACUCCCGAGGGCCGCAACGACGAGAAGGCCCUGCUGGAGCAGCUGGUCACUUUCUUGAGCCGGACUGACGAGAGCGAGCUCGCCGAGCUGGACCGAGCUCUGGGCAUCGACAAGAUUGUUCAAAGUGGAGGUCUCGAACCCGUCAUCCAGACCUUUCCUCAAUCUCAGCCCCCAACACCUGUACCCAUGGACCCCAAGCUGCCCAGCUACCCCUCUCAGUUCCCAACCUCACCCUCACAGUUCCCUGCUGAGAUGGGCACAGCACAAGGCAUGAGUUUCGGGGCCCCACGGAUGGCGUUUCCAGGCAACGUAAGCAUUACGGUGCGGCCCGGCAUGAACCGAGCUCCUGGUGUGCCCAACCAGCUGCGACUACCUCCUAACCAGCUGAGACUCCAGCUUCAGCAACGUUUGCAAGGCCCACAGCAGCUCCAGAACAGGCUUGCGGCCAUGGGCCAGUUCCCACAGGGGGGGCAUGUUGUCAUGGGGAUGCGUCAGGGCAUGCAGCAGCCUCAGAUGCCCUCUCAGCCUCCGCUGAACGCUCAGAUGAUGGCGCAGCGGCAACGGGAGCUUUACAGUUUCCAGCACCGCCAGCGGCAGCUUCUACAGCAGAAGGUCCUGCUGAUGAGGCAGGGGAUGAACACGGGGCCUCUGGGGGCUCAGCGAGUUCCUAAGGGUCCCCAGCAGCAACUGCCACCACAACAGCAGCAGUUUGGCUUUCCUCCUGGCUACAGUGCCGUGCCUGGGAACACCCCUACCUCCCCGAGCCAUUUUAACCCCAUGGGAGGACCUCUGGACCCCAAGCUGCCUACCAGAGGGGGUAUGGGAAACCAAGGAAUUAUGGGAGGCAUUCAAGGGCAAUUUGGGGGGCCUGUGAACACUCCUGUUCAGCAGGGGCUUUUCCAGCAAUUUGGGGGGCCUGGCAUGAUCCAGCAAGCAGAUCCAUCCUUUGCCUCUGAGCUGAGUCCAACCAGCCCCUUGCUUUCACCUCAGAACUCCACCUCCCAGAGUCCUCUGCUCCAGCAAGCGCAGCCUCCACCUGGUUAUCAGUCACCUGACAUAAAGAACUGGCAGCAAGGGGCCAUGGGAAACAACAGUAUGUAUAACCAGGCAGGUCAGCCUGUCUCUCAGAACUUUGGGCAGCAAGGCGUUUAUAACAACAUGAGCAUCACCGUGUCAAUGGCUGGAGGUUCAGGAGCGGUGAGCACUCUACCUCCUAUUGGACCAUCUGUCGGCAUGGGCAACAAUAACCGUGGCAACGUUACUGCAAUGUGUAACGAUCAGGUACAGCAGGUUCAGGUGUUCGCUGAUGUCCAGUGCACGGUAAACCUGGUGGGCAGUGACUCCUACCUUAACCAGUCGGGGCCCAUCGGGACCCAGAAAGGCCCGAGCGGGACCCCCACAGUCCAGUCUCAGCAGAAGAGUCUCCUCCAGCAGCUCCUGACCGAGUGAGCCGCCCAUUUACCAUCUGCCAGAGGACUAUCUCCACAUGUAGAGAUUUUUAUUCUUCACCUUUGGUUUCGAUACAGUAUAUCUGCAGGGUCGGUGUCUGGGCCCAGGCUUGUGAGGUUUCAUAGCUGUUCGACAAAGUGCUCAUUCCUGGUCACAUUUUAAAACGCCUGUUUCCGAAAAGGAGAAAAGAUCACGUUCCAGAAUUUGCCAAGUCUGUAAAAAGGACCUGCUGCUUCUGCCGGCUACACGUGCUGUCAGUCAGGCCAACGUUGCAGUGCUUCUUGGAGAGCGGCGCAGCAGCUGAACUCGGAUUGGAAACUGGGGCAGGCUUUUGCCAUGGUGUUGCUAUGUUCAUGGUAUAUUGCUCAGUUUCAGCUGGAUCUGUGACUGAUAGGCUCUCCUCAGCAGUGCCUGAUGAUGGGAGGAACUUCCCGCCUCUUUUUAUUUCUUAGUCUGUUCUGUUUGGUUUU